AUGCGGUCACUCACAUGCUUCGGUCAAUACWCAGCUCUGCUACUCGUGAGCCUACUACCCGCCGCGACACUGGCUGGUGACAUCCUCACCACGAACGGCUUUUCGCUAUGCUCCACGAGUCCCUCCAUCAAAGUCGACAAGCUGGAAGCAACAUAUGACCGCACCACACGGAAAAUCACAUUUGAUGUAGCAGGCAGCAGCACGGAAAGCCAGAAUGUGACUCUCGACCUCACUGUGACUGCCUAUGGCAAGGAGGUAUACACAAGGGACUUUGAUCCUUGCGAUCUGGACAUGGACCAGAUGUGCCCUGUGCCCGCGCAAAGCUUUAGUGCCCAAGGCACCCAGGUCAUCCCCGAAGAAUACGCCAGCCAGAUACCCUCGAUCGCUUUCAACAUUCCGGACCUUGACGGCGUGGUAAAGCUACAGGUAAAGAGCUCGGCGGGAGAGAACAUUGCGUGCAUUCAAUCAGAGGUCGGCAAUGGCAAAACAAUCAACGUCCCCGCUGUGUCGUACGCCGCUGUGGGAGUCGCGGGAGUUGCGCUAGCGUUCUCGGCUGUUUCUGCUCUGGCAGUAGGAGGCGCACCCGGUGCAUCCACCCCGUCGCCCUCGUUCACGGACGUCAUUGGCUGGUUCCAAGGAAUGGCCAUGAAUGGAAUGCUCAGCGUACAAUAUCCCAAGGUCUACCAGAAGUUUACGACGAACUUUGCCUUUUCCACCGGUCUCGUGCCCUGGGGAUCCAUGCAGACCGCCAUCGACAACUUCCGCUCUUCCACUGGCGGUAACACCACCAACAACAGCUACGAGUUCUUGAAGAACAACGCCACCCUGGAAUUCAAUGACAACACCAAACAGAGCCCGACGAAGCGCGCCCUGGACACGCUCUUGAUAUGGGCACGUCAGACAACGAUCAGUGUGGACGGCGAAACUACCAAUGUUGGUGGCGGCGAUUCAACUACCAACACGACUGCACCGGCCGAACCCGAAGACAGCAAAGAAAAAGUCCUUGUGAAAGGCAUCCAGGCUUAUGUGGAGCAACUCUCGAUUCCUUCUUCCAACACUUUUAUGACGAUUCUCCUCGUGUGGGCGAUUGUGGUUGCCUCUAUUGUCGUACUCAUCCUUCUCUUCAAACUCAUCCUGGAAGGAUGGGCGCAGUUCGGCCAGUUGCCCAAAUCGCUGCAGUCCUGGCGCAAGCGAUACUGGUGGCGUAUGGCGAAGGCUAUCACGAAUUUGAUUCUCCUUCUAUACGGGGUUUGGACCAUGUGGUGUGUGUACCAAUUCGUGGAUGGUGAUUCAUGGGCUGCAAAGGUCCUUGCUGGGGUUACAUGGGCGCUCUUCACUCUGCUAUUGCUGGGAUUCACCUACAAGAUCUUUGCGAAAGCUUCCGAAGCCAAGAAGCGCGAAGGCGGCGCGGAUCAACUCUACGAGGACAAGGAAACCUGGGUCAAGUACUCGCUCUUCUACGACAACUACAAGAAGACGUACUGGUGGAUCUUCGUACCUGUCAUUCUUUACAUGUUUGUCCGAGGAGCUAUCAUCGCUGGCGCAAAUGGACAUGGGUUGGUCCAGACCAUCGGACAGUUGUCUGUGGAGGUCAUCAUGCUCAUCUUCCUCUGCUGGACACGUCCUUUCGCGCGCCGAUCAAGCCAGUGGAUCAACAUCACAGUCCAGGCAGUGCGCGUCCUCUCGGUCGUUUGCGUGCUGGUCUUUGUAGAAGAGCUCGGCUUUUCCCAGACGACCACAACCGUGACUGGCGUUGUACUCAUUGUCGUACAAGCAGUCAUGACCGGUCUGCUUGCGAUUCUGAUUGCGGUCAACGCUCUCAUCACCUGUAUCAAGGAAAACCCACAUCGCAAGAAGAGAAAGGAGGCCGAGAAGCGCGCGCUUGAGCGUGAUCUGGACAAUCUCACUCCACUCCACGCGAGGAACAGCCUGCUGAUGGGCGACAUGACACAAACCAGCUACGACCCGUCUGUGUACAAGGCGCCCAUUGUAUCAGGAUCGCCAUUCGGACCCGCCGACAAGCGUGGUCGUUAUGACCCCGUUCCAGCUCCAAGACCUGCAUCUCCCACAUCCCGAUUCAUGGAUCGAGACGACGAGCACCUCAUGUCGAGGGCCGUGCCAAUGGGCUACCGGGACCACAGUCGUAGUCCUUCCGUCCAGUCACGAGAACCAAGACUUCCUGAGCUGAACUUUGGGCGGGGAUUGUGA